AGACCAAACGGUCUUAGUUAGAUUUAAAAGAUAUAUAUUGCACAGUACCGACGUUGUUCAGUUUUCUGAUCGAUUUUGAUUACCCAUAUGGCUUCAGAUAAAGAGGAGAAAUCAAACAGUGCUACAUGGAGAUUGAUAGGCCCGGUAACCGAGCUAUCAAAAAAACAGUGCCGGUUGAUAUACUCCUCUCAAGGGUACGACUCCGAUAUUUGUCUGUUUUAUGUCCGAGGGGAAUUCUACGCAUUGGAUGCUCGUUGCGCGCAUUCAGGAGGGCCUCUUUGUGAGGGAGACAUCGAAGACGCGGACGGUGUGCUCCAGGUAUUCUGUCCGUGGCACGACUACGACUUUAACCUCAGAUCAGGCAAAUCAAGUACAGGACUGCAGCAACAAGUACAUGAAGUGAAAUUGGAAGAUGGAUCUGUGUACGUGAGGCACUCGAGUCAGCUGUCGCUACAGCCCUUUCCUCCUGGCCAGGAGAGCUGA